AGUAGUACUAGUAUUUUGUAGCUUUAGGGGCAGUUAGGGUUGCUGUUCACUGUGGUCAAUCCAACAACAGUCUGUUGUAGUACUAGCAGUACUCAGUAAACCACCCUGUUUCAGAAUGGACAGCCAGACCGUACCACCGUCACCUCCUCACCCCUGGCGAUAUAUGAUUAUAUUUUCUCGCUUCUUCUGGUGUUUCAUAGCUCUGGGUAGUUUCAAGUCGCUCGGCGUAUUUCUCCCACACUUUGUGCAAACUUUCUCUACCAGUACAGCAGUGGCUGGCCUUAUCUGCAGUUUCCUACUAGGCUUUGGCAUGUUUAUCUUCGGUCCCUUCAUUGGUGCCCUAAUGAAGGUAUGGGAUUCCCGAAAGCUUACCAUUGCAGGAGGAUUACUUGCUGGUAUUGGUACCGUGGCAGCGUCCUUUUCGUGCUCGAUGACCCAAAUGGCAGCGAUGUUUGCUUUGAUAAGCAUUGGCUUAGCUUUUAUACAAGUUGCAGCUAUUAAACCUACAAUGGACUAUUUCCCAGAGAGCUUUGCCACUGCCAAUGGCGUAGCUCUGAGUGGAGGGACGAUCGGCGUGAUGGUACUUCCCCCGGUAAUGGACCGCCUGGUUGAACUAUAUGGAUGGCGAACCGCCUUUGCACUUUUGGGUGCAUUUUCAUUCAACUACGUGGUAAGUGGGGCUUUACUGAGACCUCUACAUCGAAUGCGAGCAAGCUACACUCGGUUGCCGGACAAGAUGAAUGACACCGAUGCUAAAACCGAGAAGUCAGGAAACCAAUCUGAUCAAUACCUGUCGCCGGAUAGGAAUACGAGUCGCGUGAAUAUCAAGAAAGUUUUCUCGAUCAUUCUGGAAGUUCUUCGCGAGCGAUUCGACACUCAGGCCCUAGCUGAUCCUAUAUUCAUCAUUUACCAAGUUGCCUGUGUAUUGAAUGGCAUGGUUUACAGCAUGUGGCAUUUGUUCCUCAUUCCCCAAAGCCUGGAGCUAGGCUUUGGCGACAAGCCUUCGGCGUUCUUGGCCACAUACGGCGGCCUGGGUGCUCUAGUAGGACGAGUCGGUCACGGUAGCAUUGUCGACAGUGGCCUCAUCAAAGCUUCUACUCUCCUCGCCUUGUCGUCUUUGGUCUUUGCGGUGUGCUGCGGUCUCAAUCCACUGGCCACAUCAUCUUACGAUGCCAUAGCGAUCCUUGCCACAAUCUCAGGGAUCGCUAUCGGGGCCAUCUUUCCGCUGUGUUUUGUCGUGAUGCGGGAAAUCACCGGAGACCAGCAAACAUCGGCCUUCAGCUGGCUGUUCUUGUCCCACGGUGGAGGGCAGCUACUAGGUGGAUUCCUUGCAGGUUUGAUCCACGAUGUAACGGGAAUGUACGAAUUCGCCUUCGUGGGCAUGGGAGCUGUUGCUACUGUCUUGGUCGCUAUCUUGGUUCUGACUCGAUGCCUCAUGUUGAAGCGGGCCAGUAAAUAGGCUCCUUACUCUCUAAGCCGACAAAAUUACGUUUUGUCAAUUUCCCUCAUAUGAGAGUUUUGUGGUUUAUCACUGGAGGGUUUGUAUAAUGCAAUAGGCACAGUAUAGAGACCGUGUCUAUAGUCUGAGUAUCACCCGUUAGCCACGGAGCCAAGUCUCCUGGUUAACGUCUGACAUGUCUAAGCAUGCAGAUAUAUGCAAGCAGUGCGCCAGCCAAUCGGAGUCGACUUUACUAAAUCUUGACGUCAUUUCAUUCCCAAAUUCGGACAAAUGGUUUGAAUGUUCAAUUCAAAUGCAGUGUUUUGUAAUACAACAUAAGCCGGGUGCAUAUCGCGUAACAUGUUACAGAGCGCGUGACA